GCGAGAACCAAGGGGGACAAGUGUAUCUACAUCUCCAUUCCCAGAAAGGUAGCAUACCUAUCACUACAUCAAUCCAUUAUAUUUAAAAAGAUAUAUUUAUCAACAUGACAGACUACUCGAAAGCACAGGAAAACUCUCAAGGAGCGUACAUGGCUGCACCCCCACCCACUUAUUCAGGGGCGAAUUCUCCUCAUCCCACUGCGCCAGUCCAUGGACCAUAUCCCACCACAUCGGCUAUGGCCCCACCCGUAAACCAGCCUAUACAGUACAGCGAGGAAAAACAGCCAAAGUACAACUACCAACAACAGCCACAACCGCAGCUGUAUCAACAGGGCCCACUGCCCGCUAAUUCAUACAAACAACUGCCGUCAGUUAAUCAGCAACCGCAGCCCGUUGCUAUCACCAGCAAGCCUGGGUUCAAAUCGCAGUGUUUGUACUGUCCCAAUUGCCAGAAAAACUGCAUUACGCGAACUGAGUUUGAGAACGGUGCCUUCUCAUGGGGUAGCGCUUUCUUCUGCUGUAUCCUUGGGUGUUGGCUCGGGUGCUGCUGUGUUCCACUAGUAAUGGAUUCCUGUAAGGAUGUCACACACUACUGCUCGGAGUGUCGCGCACCUAUUACACAUAGAUCGAGAUUGUAAGUUUGUAGCGACGAAUAUCUAUACUAUAUACACACAAACCAAAAUUAAAACAAAUUAUCAGCAAAGC